UGUUUAUCUAGACGUCGCCAUGGGGACCGCGUUUCGUCGACCAGAGGCCACCGGAGGCGUCGUCACACCCGCGACCACGUCGCACGGGUUUCACUGUCGAGCGCGGCGUACCCAGCGGAGUCCGUCGUCGAGUCGCCGCCGCACCGUGCUGCAGCGGAGCCCGCGGUCUCGGCAGGGGGAAAUGGCCCAAAAUGGCUCCACAGCCCAAAGCACUGCUGACAUCGAUGAGAGUCUCUACUCAAGACAGCUGUAUGUCCUUGGACAUGAGGCCAUGCUCCGGAUGGCCCGGUCAGACGUGCUCAUAUCGGGCAUGCGAGGCCUGGGAGUGGAGAUUGCCAAGAACAUCAUCUUGAGUGGCGUCAAGUCGGUCACCAUCCAUGAUCAGGGUGUGUGCACCACCGCCGACCUCUCCUCACAGUUCUACCUGAAUGAGAGUUGCCUUGGUAAAAACCGUGCCGAGGCAUGCCUCCAAGCCCUCACAGAGCUGAACACGUACGUCACAGUUGCAGCCCACACGCAGCCCCUCACCGAGGACUUUCUAAAACGGUUCAGCGUGGUGGUGUUGACGGACACUCCGCUGGCGGAGCAGCUGUCUAUCUCGUAUUUCACGCGCUCUCACAACAUUGCCCUCAUCGUAGCCGACACCAGAGGCCUCUUUGGGCAGAUCUUCUGCGACUUCGGCGAGACGUUCCGUGUGGUUGACACCAAUGGAGAACAGCCUGUGUCAGUCAUGGUUGCUUCCAUCAGCAAGGACAAGGAUGCAGUAGUGACUUGCCUGGAUGAAACCCGGCACGGACUUGAAGAUGGGGACUACGUGACUUUCACAGAAGUUGGUGGCAUGACAGAGAUCAACAACUGCCCACCCAUGAAAGUCAAGGUGCUCGGUCCCUACACAUUUAGCGUGGGCGACACGACACAAUUUGGAGACUACCUCAGAGGUGGAAUCGCAACACAAGUCAAGAUGCCUAAGGACAUCAAGUUUAAGUCUCUAAAGGAUGCCCUCGAAGAGCCAGAGUACGUCAUCUCAGACUUCGCAAAGAUGGACCGCCAAGAUCAGUUGCACCUGGGCUUUCAAGCACUUCACGCCUUCGAGGCAAAGCACUCCCGGUUACCGCGACCUUGGAACAAGGAGGAUGCAGCUGAGGUGGUGGCCCUAGCAAAAGAGAAGAAUGCCUCUUCAGCCAAACCGCUGGAGAGCCUCGAUGAGAAGCUGCUCUCCGGUCUGGCCCACGUCUCCAGUGGCUCACUCUGCCCCAUGCAAGCAGUCAUUGGAGGCAUCGCUGCGCAGGAGAUCAUGAAGGCAUGCAGUGGAAAGUUCAACCCGAUCCAGCAGUGGUUCUACUUUGAUGCACUGGAGUGCCUGCCGCAGUCGGGGACGGUUUCAGAAGAGAGUGCCACUACGCUGGUGAACAGCCGGUACGGUGCGCAGGCUUGCGUUUUCGGGGCUGAGGUGCAGCAGAAGCUGGGAGCCCAGAAAUACUUCCUGGUUGGUGCUGGUGCCAUCGGCUGCGAGCUCCUCAAGAACUUCGCCAUGAUGGGCUUGGGAGCCGAAGAUGGUUGCAUCUACAUCACGGACAUGGAUGUCAUUGAGCGGUCAAAUCUCAACAGGCAGUUCUUGUUUCGGCCAUGGGAUGUCGGCCGUAUGAAGGCGGGCACAGCUGCAGGUGCUGUGAAGAAGAUGAACCCUGACGUCAAGAUUGUCGCACACGAAAACAGGGUCGGCGCGGACACCGAGCACGUUUACACGGACGACUUCUUUGAGGCCCUGGAUGGUGUGGCCAAUGCAUUGGACAAUGUGGACACACGUAUCUACAUGGACCGGCGGUGUGUCUACUACCGGAAGCCCCUGCUGGAGUCUGGCACGCUGGGCACAAAGGGCAACGUGCAGGUGGUGAUUCCUCACCUGACAGAGUCGUACUCAUCAUCCCAGGAUCCACCUGAAAAGUCCAUACCCAUCUGCACACUCAAGAACUUCCCAAAUGCCAUCGAGCACACGCUGCAGUGGGCUCGUGACGAGUUCGAAGGCUUGUUCAGGCAAUGUGCGGAGAAUUCUGUCCAGUAUUUGAAAGAUCCAAGGUUCAUGGAGAAGACUCUAAAGCUUCCAGGAAACCAGCCGCUCGAGGUGCUCGAAGGGGUCAAGCAAAUGCUGGUGGACGAGCGGCCGACAUCGUUCGCUGACUGUGUGGCGUGGGCGAGGCUGCGUUUCCAGGACCAGUACAACAACCAGAUCCGGCAGUUGCUGUACAACUUCCCUGAGGAUCAGACUACAAGUUCGGGUGCCCUGUUUUGGUCUGGCCCCAAGCGUUGUCCCACGCCCAUUGAGUUUGAUCCCAAUGAGACUCUGCACAUGGACUACAUAGUGGCUGCAGCCAACCUGCGGGCUGCCAUGUUUGGCCUUCCGAAGUGCACCGACCGGGAGGAGAUUGCCCGCGUCCUCAAGCUGGUCAAGGUGCCACCGUUCGAGCCACGGCAAGGGGUGCGCAUUGCGGUCACAGAUGCCGAGGCCCAGCAGAGCAUGGGAGGGCCCACAGACCAGGAACGGCUGACCAUCCUGCAGAAGGAGCUGCCCACCCCAACAUGUCUCAAGGACGUGAAGCUGGCACCCCUGGAGUUUGAAAAGGAUGAUGACACAAACUUCCACAUGGACUUCAUUGUGGCAGCCUCCAACCUGCGUGCCACAAACUACAAGAUCGCACCUGCAGACCGGCUUCGCAGCAAGCUCAUUGCGGGCAAGAUCAUACCUGCUAUUGCCACUACCACCUCGCUUGUCGCUGGUCUCGUCUGCCUCGAGCUUUACAAGCUGGUUCAAGGCCACAACAAGCUUGAGCUUUACAAGAACGGCUUUGUCAAUCUAGCACUUCCGUUCUUCGGCUUCUCGGAACCUAUAGCAGCCAAGAAGAAUGAGUACAAUAAUCACGAGUUCACCCUCUGGGACCGCUUUGAAGUUCAAGGGGAAAUGACGCUCCGAGAGUUCAUUGACUACUUCAAGAACGAGCACGGUAUUGAGAUCACCAUGCUGUCUCAAGGAGUCUGCAUGUUGUACUCGUUCUUCAUGCCUGCCGCCAAGGUGGAGGAGCGGCUCAAGCUUCUCAUGAGUGAGGUUGUCAAGAAGGUGUCCCAGAGGCCCAUUGAUCCGCACGUGCGUGCCCUGGUGUUUGAGCUGUGCUGCAACGACAAGGACGGCGAAGACGUGGAGGUGCCCUACGUCCGCUACCUCCUUCCGAAAUGACCAUCAUGGUCUGGCUAGUGUAGGAAGUUGGUGAAAAACGGCGAUGGUACCCACCGCCUAGCUUCGCAUCUCAGGGUUGGUCGUGCUGUAUGGAGGCCGGUGCCAGCCACGUGUCCAUCUGUGCCCUUGUAACCAUUUCAUGACCAGCCUUAGUGUUUUUUGUAUUUAUAUUCAAACAAAUUGGCACCAGUGCUUUUCACAGUGCCACUUAUUUCUUUUUUUGUUCUUGUUGUUUGAAGGGGAGAUGCUGCUGAAAGAUUUUCACUUUUUUUUUUUUUUUUUGCCAAUGAAUUACUUUGCCAGUUGAAUUACUCGUCUCAAGUUCCCUUGCCAAUACAGCUUGGCCACUUGUCACUGCGAUUCCUGUGAGCUCACCAAAGGUGCACUUUUCAGAUAACCAUUAUUCCCAAGCUUCCUUAAAAUGCAAGAAGUAAUAAUAAAAAGAUCUUUUACCUGUAAACAAGCUUUAUGUCUUACCUUUGAAAUGAAAUGUCGUGAUGCUACUAGGCAAUUUCAGAAGCUCGACCAUUAAGGUAGCUAGGAUGGUGUCGAAUCUGAAUUUUUUUCAGUGUUUCAUAUAAUGAGGAUUUCUGUUAUCUCCUUUGAAGGAUAUUGCAUAUACUAUUUAAGAAACUUCGAAUAACCAAUUUCUAAUGCCUUAACAUAUAAGGCCUCAAGUGAUAUAUUUUAUGUGCCUUCCUUAGUAAGCUCUCGUCAUUCUACAGUUGGAGGGAGAAAUAUGAGUCAAUAUUAAAAUAUUCGGAAGCAAGUUGUGGGCAGUUGUGGUGGGCAGUUGUGGUGUAAAACUACAUUUUACUGAAUGUUGCGAUACAAAACUAAAACUCUGCAACUCGUUAUAGAACAUGUCGCUAGGUAUUUGACAGCAUCACACUCUGUAAACAGAUCUAUGUUUUGUUGCUCUGUUAUAUAUUAAAAAGUCAAGUAGCAUCUCCCCUUAAGAGUUGUGAACUGUCAUGAGGCUUACAGUUUUUUUUUUUAUUGAGGGCAAUAAGUGUAAUGAAAGCCAGGAAACAUGAUGGUGUGCAACAGUCAUGUGUGCAUUUUUUUAACUGCUAAAAAUAAAUUUUCAUUGAAACGUCCA